UCUCCUGUGUUAAACUGCUGACUUCAUGACCUGGAAGAGCUGGAAAAGAGAGAGACAAGGUUAGCACCAAGACCUUUUAAAGAAGACAUUUCUAACAUAAAUUGGAGCAGAAAACGUGCAAAGUGGUGCAAAAAAAAAAGUCACCAGAAUGCAAGAAAUGAAGUGUCUCAGUACUCCUCAGGACUAAGUGCAUCCAGCCACAUGAAAUCUCUCUUUGUGUGGUCGCCAGGGCACAGCUUCUGUUAUCCAUUUUAUUUUUAGUACAUGGAAGAAGGACGACAUUUUCGAGGUCUGUAAUUUCACAUAAAAAGAAAAACUACAGAGCAAGAGGAGAGGGAUCAAUUUUUAAGAAAUAAAACUCAAAAUGUGUGAGUUUAGGCUCAGAUGUUAAAACAAAAAUAUACAAGAAUAAACAAUGAAAUUUUGGGGUUUCAUUGCGCAAGGCUGGUUCAAUCUCCUCAGCCUGCACGUCUGUGGAUGUAUAUUGAAUAUAUGGAGGUUAUAAUUUCCUUCAUAUAGCCUUUAAUUUGAUUACAUUUCUUUCUGAUUUCUUGAAUAUGUAUGACUUCAUAAUAGUAGAAAAUUUUAUGUUUUUCUCUGAUUAUCGUUUUUACUAAUUUUGACUUUAAACUCAGAAGCUUUGAGGAUAUUUUUGUCAUAAUUUUACGGCUUGUCAUGAAUAUUACCCCUUCUGAAGAUGUCAUUAUAUCGUUAUUUAUUUCUGUAUUUUAUUAAUAAUGUUUGUAAUGCAGCAUUAGAAAAUUGAGAAGCUUUUGAACUUUAAAAAAAAAAAUCCACAUUAAUGAUGUGAAAUGCCUCCAUCACUGUUGACUGUAGGCAGACUAGUUCUUUUGUUUCAUAUCUUAUUCUGCCCCCUGCUGGUAGGAAACUGCAUCAGUGAGCUGUGUAGGUAAUUACACUAUAUUGCCACAAGUAUUUGUUCAUCUGGCUUCACGUGCAUAUGAACUUAAUCCAUAUUAUUGAAUAUGUCGGCCAGCCCACCCACCCUUUGCAGGUAAACACCAUCAGCUCUUCUGGGUAUUUUGGGAUACACAAGAUGUCUGUGAAGGUUCUCAGUCAUCCAGGUCAUCGUAGUCAAAGGAGCUUGCAAAGAAAAGCGUCUGGACUUCUUUACUGAUGGGUUCACUUGCAGAAGUUAAGACAUUUUAUUACACUGAGAAAUAUAAAGGUGCUAACUAUUGCAAAAAAUUGUGAUGCUAUAAAAGAAUGAUUUUCAUUUCAAAAUAAAUAAAAUAGCUGUGACAGACUGGCGGCCUGACCAGGCUGUACCCUGCCUCUCGCUCUGUUGCAGCUGGGAAGACUCCAGUAAGUAAAGCUGCCUUUUGUCUGUUUUGGGAGUGUUUUCUUUGUAGCACAUGCCUAAGCCAAGCUGUAUUUUGCCGAUGUGUGGGCACCGGACCAACACAAAGAAAAACAACCAUCCUCACUUUCAUCUUCUUGCUUGCUUCUUUAGUUAGGUUAAAAUUAUUACCUAAAAUGUUGCAGCCACAGUACUAAUAGUGAGAUAUUAUUUCUCCCUUAUUAGUUUGUCUUCGCCCUUUUAACCUAGAACUGAAUUUAAAAUCCUUCUUCUCAGAUAUAAAAUCCUGAAUGGCCAGGCUUUAUAGUAAAGACCUCAUAGAAUCAACAGAGCACCUCACUGGGAUACAGGCUUAUUCGUGGAUCACAGAGUUUCUAAAAGUAGAAUCAGAGGCAGAUCCUUCAGCUUUCAGGCCCGUCUUUUGCAUGCAGGAGACAGACGCUCUCAACUUUGAAGAUCAGGUUUCAAACUUUCCUUUUUGGUUACUGCUGGAUCAGAUGAUGCUGAUCACCAGGUGUCAAGUCAUUUCUCAUUAAAAAGGAGCUUUUCCUCCUCAGCAUCACCAAUUGCUACUCACAGCGGAUUAUCCAAUUGUUGGGGUUCUCGUGGUGCACUUGGGUCAAAGCACAGGGAGCUGGCCACUGCUUCUGAUUUAUACGCUGGGUUAAAUGCUGAGAAGGAGUUUCCCUCCAAGGAUCAUUAAAGAUAUCCUUGUUCAUUUUCCACAUGUCAUCAAGGCUUCUGUUCACUAUUUACUCAUUUUCAAGCUGCCCUAUCAUUAGAUGCUACAAACUUUGAAUUAAUAUUUUAUGCAGGAAUCAUUCUUUAAUGACUGCAUUUGUGUUUGUAUCUUACCUAUACUGAUAACUUUGUGACCAAUAUUCUAAAAUUUAAUAUAAUUAUAGUUUUCAGGCAUUCCAACAGAUUGUUUCUUGGCUUUUGUUUUAGUAGUGAUGUCUUAUCUGAAACCGCACCCACUUCUGAAAUGUACCAACUGUCCAUCCAUACAGAGAUCAGUUCAAUGGAAUAUUUGGGUUUCCAAAUAGACCAGGGAGCACAGGUUUGUCCACUGUCUGCCCUGCUUGCUCAGUUAUAACACUAUAUGCCCUUCAGGAUAUCUCGAGAUCUUGCUCUUGAUAGUAAAUGUUAUACGGACUGGUUUGCUUUCCUACAUUACAUGACCACUCAGAGCACUUUGAGUGUUCUGGCCAUGAUUUACUGCAAAACUGGAGAUUGCAUAAAAUUAUACUCACAUUACAGCCUAUAAAGCUUAAAACAUACACAUAUUGCAUAUAGAGUAUAUACAAAAAUGUUCCUAUAUUUUUUCCAUACCUGGACCAAUUUGUGUAAAAACAGGGGUGUCUAUUCCACCUCUCUUCUUACUGUUAGUGUGUUAGUUUUAUCCACUUUUAUUUUUAUUUCAUGUCAUUUGCUACAUUUUUCUGUUCAGUAUCCCAUCAUCGUUUUCAGCACUAAUGUAAUCGCAGAAAAAUUGUACACAGCACGGCGAAGACUGAUUACAAAGCUCAGUCUUUCCAGAGUGAUAAAAUAUUUACGCGGAUCGAUUUAACACACCUUAAAGGACCUGGUGCGACCUGGACGCAGUUUACACAUCAAAAUUUAAAUACCCACUCAGAGCCUGUUAGCGGGGCAGACGUGCCAGCCAUCCUGUGUGAAGUUGCGUCUCCACCUUUCUCACCGCAGAGCGCCUUGAACGGCACACUCCCCUCUGAACAAAGUCAGAACAGCCGCAGGACACAUCGGCACAUGAGCAGGCACUGACUCCUUUGCAGGCACUGACUCCAGGGACUGGAGGAGCUUCAUCAUGACAUAUGGCAAGAUUCUUCACCAGCCUGAGGGUUGCUUCAUUAAUGUCAACGUUGGAGGUUUCAAGCAGCGAAUGGACCUCACCGUCCUGAAACGAUUCCCGCAGACACGACUGGCUCGUCUUCUGUGCUGCAGAUCCAAAGAAGCUAUCCUGGAGCUCUGUGAUGAUUUCAGUCCCUCUGAAAUGGAAUACUACUUUGACCGCAACCCAAGUUUUUUCUGUUACAUUCUCAACUUUUAUCUUACAGGGAAAAUCCACCUGGUCGACGGGCUAUGUGUGGUCUCAUUCUUCCAAGAAAUUGAAUAUUGGGGAAUCAAGGAGCGUCACCUGGACUUCUGCUGCAGCACCAAGUUCCACGACCUGAUGGAUCUUGCUGAGGAUGGAAUCUGGGAUCAGAGGAGCGACGAGGUGCAGCUCAAUAGCUCUGGCUCUUCUAUUACUGAUCUGUCUGUUUUGGAGGAUGACGAACAAAUGUUUGAAGGCUCCUGGUGUGCAAAUGUCCGCCGGAGUGUUUGGAUUCGACUUGAGAAUCCAGGUUCCUCCACAUCAGCCAAAGUUAUGGCUGUAGCAUCCCUCGCUGUAGUCAUCACCUCCAUCGUGGCCAUGUGUGUUCACAGCAUGCCGGACUUCCAUCAGGUGGAUCCUGCUGAAAAAAAAAUAGAAAAUCCAGUGCUGACCUUUUUUGAGAGCCUGUGCGUCGUGUUUUUCUCUGCAGAGUUUAUUCUUCGCUUGGUUGUUUCACCAUCAGCCAGGAAGUUCAUGUGCAGCCCUCUUAACAUUAUCGAUCUAUUGUCAGUCAUGCCCUUCUAUGUCACUAUCCUGUGUGACCUAAUGAACGAGGGUGAGAGCACAGACCUGGAGAACGUUGGCAAAGUUGUGCAGAUCUUGAGGCUGAUGCGAGUGUUUCGUGUUUUAAAACUGGCUCGUCACUCAGCUGGCCUUCGCUCUCUUGGUGCCACCUUACGGCACAGCUCCCGUGAAGUGGGGCUGCUGGUGCUUUUCCUGUCUGUGGGCAUUUCCGUGUUUUCCUCCCUCAUUUACUGUGUGGAGAAAGACUCUCAAGAUUCUGAGUUGCAGACUAUCCCUAUUGGCUGGUGGUGGGCCACCAUUAGCAUGACGACAGUCGGCUAUGGAGACACUUUACCUGUUACUUUGGCUGGGAAGCUCAUAGGAACUCUGUGCAUCAUCUGCGGGCUGCUGAUUGUGGCUCUGCCCAUUACUAACAUCUUUAACAAGUUCUCCAAGUUCUAUCAGAAGCAAAGACACUUAGAGCUCAAGCCAAGCAAUAACUGCACCAGCAUGCACAACUAAAGAACAGCAUCUAAAGUCUUACCCCUACAGUCUCAUUCAUGAUUUAACUUUACAUCGGCAGGUUUAAGAUUUCUUCAUCGUCUUCCAUGCGCAAGAUAAAAGGGUU